AUGCUCGAGAAGUCUUUGGUCGAGUCUGACCCGGAGAUUGCUGAGAUCAUGAAAAAAGAAAUCAAGCGCCAGCGCGAGUCCAUCAUCCUCAUUGCCUCCGAGAAUGUCACCUCCCGCGCCGUCUUCGACGCCUUGGGCUCGCCCAUGUCCAACAAGUACUCCGAAGGGUACCCUGGGGCACGAUACUACGGCGGGAACCAGCACAUCGACGCGGUCGAGCUGACAUGCCAGGCGAGAGCGCUGAAGGCGUUUCACCUCGACCCGGAGAAGUGGGGAGUCAACGUGCAAUGCUUGAGUGGCAGUCCUGCCAACUUGCAAGUCUACCAGGCUCUCAUGCGGCCACAUGACAGAUUGAUGGGGUUGGAUCUACCGCACGGAGGACAUCUGAGCCACGGCUACCAGACGCCGCAGAAGAAGAUUUCGGCCGUGUCCACCUACUUCGAGACGUUUCCCUACCGGGUCAACCUGGAGACCGGAAUCAUCGACUACGACCGACUUGAGGAGAAUGCGCUGAUGUACCGCCCCAAGUGCAUCGUGGCCGGCACAUCGGCAUAUUGCCGUCUGAUUGACUAUGCCCGCAUGCGCCAGAUCGCAGACAAGAUCGGAGCAUACCUGAUUGUCGACAUGGCCCACAUCUCCGGUCUUAUUGCCGCAGGAGUGAUCCCCUCGCCCUUCGAGCACGCCGACGUGGUGACCACCACCACCCACAAAUCGCUCCGUGGCCCCCGCGGAGCCAUGAUCUUCUUCCGCAAGGGUGUUCGCAGCACCGACGCGAAAACGGGCAAACAGGUGCUGUACGACCUCGAGGGCCCGAUCAACUUCUCAGUCUUCCCAGGUCACCAGGGUGGUCCUCACAAUCACACCAUCACGGCGUUGGCCGUCGCAUUGAAGCAGGCGGCCACGCCCGAGUUCCGCGCCUACCAAGAGCAGGUGGUCAAGAAUGCCAAAGCAUUGGAGAUCGAGUUCAAGAAGCUCGGAUACAAGCUCGUGGCCGAUGGCACCGACUCACACAUGGUGCUUCUCGACCUGCGCCCGCAGAGUCUGGACGGCGCCCGUGUCGAGGCCGUCCUCGAACAGAUCAACAUUGCCUGCAACAAGAACAGCAUCCCCGGCGACAAAUCCGCCCUGACCCCGUGCGGGCUCCGCAUCGGCACUCCUGCCAUGACGUCGCGCGGAUUUGGCGAAGACGACUUCAAGCGCGUCGCGUCGUACAUUGACCAGAGCAUCAAGCUGUGCAAGAAGGUCCAAGGCGAGCUGCCCAAGGAGGCCAACAAGCUGAAGGACUUCAAGGCCGCCGUUGCCAGCGACAGUGUGCCGGAGAUUCUGAAGCUUCGCCAGGAGAUCGCCGAAUGGGCCUCGAGCUUCCCUCUGCCCGUGUAA